AAAAAAAAAAAAAACAAAAGCUUGAAUUGAGAUUAAAAGCUUUCGCUCUCUUAUUGCAAUUCUAUAUUUCUUUCUUGUGUAUUUUUGUAUUUUUUGCUGAGCGCUGCUGAGGGUUGACAGGACAGCACACAGGAAAUUUACUACCAACCAUUCGUUAUAAACGAGCGAGCGAGUUUGUAUGGGUAACGGGGGUGUGUUCGUAGAUUUGUUGCGCGCCGUACCGCAGCGCACCGCACGUGAGAAAGGACGACGACGACAGCAUUUUAAGAAUCCAUGUGAAUGAAUGAAACGAACAUGAGAGUUUGAUGACUGCAAUAUGAAUUGUGGAAAAUGAUGAUGACGUUAUAUUUGUUGAUAAUGAUGAUGAUUAUGUAUAUAUGUGUGUAUGGAAGUAGGAUAUGGUGGUGCUGGCUGCCUUAGUGAUGGUGAUGAGAAAGAUGAUGAUGAUGGUGAUAGGAUGGGAAUGGGGAAUGGGAUGUAGAACAGAAGCAGGAGCGUAGGAACGCGGCGGAGCGCUGAAGGAAGUUUUUGUUGGUGGAGUUGGACAAGCAGCAAUGGUUGAUGAUGAGAAUGAUAAUUUUGAUCGCUCUAUGAUUUCGUGUAUUUGUAUAUACCAUCUUAAAACUGUCGGUUUGGGAACAUUUUCGUGUACGGUUGUUGCUGAUUAAUUUCGGGUGUUUGCCUCAUUGCUCUCGUUUUAUACUAUUUUUUUGUUUUGUACUUUUUUUUUUAUUUUUUUGUAUUUUUGUUGUUGAUAAUGUUCUCUUUUGCAAACACAAACUUAGUUCCAUAUUCGAUGUAUUGUGAAUUUAUCGUAACAGUUCAUCACAUCCAUUAUUACCAUAUUUUAUGACUGACUUUACAAAACACAAAUUAGAGCAAAAAAUAAUUAUGAAGUGCUUAGUUAUAAAAAACAAUAUGAAAAGUGUGAAAUUUUCAAAAUAAUAAAAAAAGAAGAACAAAAAAAACACUAAAAACCGACAAGACAAAAAUCUAUCAAUAGCAAAUAAAGGACGAACAAAUGGAAAAUUGUAAUGAACCUUUAAAUCUUUCGAUUAAAAAGCGUCCUGUUGCUGUAGUUCCCCCUUCUUCAUCACAAACAAUUUCUGCGCAUUAUAAUUUAACAAGUUCAACAAAUUCUAAUACUAAUACAGCUAGUAAUAAUAAUAAUAAUAAUCCAGUAUCAGAAGUUAUAAAUUCUCAACAACAAUCUCACCAACAACAACAAUCUCAACAACAACAACAUUUAUAUCAACAAAUUCAACAACAAGUAACACAAUCUACACAGCAACAACUUUUAACAAGUAAUUUAGCUCAGCAAAGUUUACAUCAGUCACAAAAUUAUAAUCAACAGCAACAAUCAAAUCACCACUUGCAACAACAACAACAACAACAACAACAACACCUACAACUCAAACUUGAAGAAAGUGAAUUUAGUUCAAACGAUCGAACAACUCCAUCACCAAAUUGUCGAAAACCAACCACCGAUGAAAAACUAAACAACAAUCAACAACAACAACAGCAACCGUCACCAUCAAUAACUCCACCAAUAAAUAAUAAUAAUAAUAGUGUUGCAUUUAAUAAUUUUAAUAACGUAGCUGAGCUUACAAAUAUUAGUGGAGUUAAUAGUGCAGAUACAACUUUAACGGACUUGUUGUUAUUAAGACACCAUCAUUCUCAUCUCCAGCAACAACAACAACAACAGAAUCAGUUACAACAACAACAACAACAAGAAUAUCAAAAUAAUUUAUUUAUUCAACGUCAGAAAAAUAACCUUGCUACUGACCAUCAACGAGCAUCAUCAAUCUCAGCAACAGUAACAUCGCCACAACAACAACAACAACAACAAUUGCCACAUCCAUUUCCCUUUCCAUUUCAACUGGCAUUGGAUUCACCACAAACGAAUCUCAUCAAUACAUUUACCGAUUCGCUUUCAUUCAGUUUGGGACAGUCAUCAUUUCCUCCCCUUCAAAGUGCUUCUUCCUCCGAAAGUGCUGAAUCGCAUCUCUUUAAAAAUCCGCUAUCAGUUACAUCGCAAUCGCCAUCUGGACGUGAAACUCCAAACUAUAUAAAUCCUUUGGCAAAUUUUCUCGAUCAACAUCAAUCCCUCGACAUAGCCAAAAUGCAUUUAGAACGAUACUUAAAGCUUACCAAUCAAUUUCUUCAGCAUACCGCAAUUGCAUCAGCAGCUGCACGAUCGGCCUCUUCAAAUUCCCCAAGCUCUGCUGAUGCUAUUAAUUCCAUAAUUCACACAAACAUUUUAACAAAUAAGAUCGCCACCAACAACCUUAUUGCUAUUAUCAAUAAAUUGCUGGAGCAAAAUAUAAUGUCCGAGUAUUAUUUCAAACGUGGCAUCAGUCUGCAGGACCAGACGUCAUCAAAUAAAACACAACACAAUUCGGUGGCGACUUUGAGUAGUAGUUCGUUGUUGUUAUCACCACCACCGCCGCCGGUCGCAACAUCAUACCAGCAGCAAUCACAGAUGACAUCGAAUUCAUCGCCAUCGUUGUCAUCGAUUUCAUCGUCAUCCAAUCCUCAGUGUUCAUCGUCUUCGGCCUCAUCUUCAUCAUCAGCUUUGGUAUCAUCGUCGUUUUCUUCAUCGUCAUCAUCAUCGAUGUCAGCAUUAGAUGGAAAUCAUCAUCAUCAUCAAAAAAGCACAACUAUCCAUAGUAGCAGUAGUUGCAGUAGCAAUAGCAGUGGUUACAACACAAACAACAGCAGCAGCAAUACAAAUCAUCAAGUUGUUAUAAACGAACAACAACAUCAAAAUAUCAGCCCUCGCCAUGAUACAUCAACAUCAUCAUCAUCAUCAUCUACAGCACAACAACAGAGUCUAACAGCUAAGCAAAAGCUAAAUGCCCUUAAUAGUGUGACAGCGAAUAGUGCUUCACAAGGUGGAACAACAAGCUCCAAGAACUUGAGCACACUAAUUAAGGCACGGUUUGAUGCUUUAGCUGCAGUUGCAGCAUCUAGCGGAAUUGAACCAUUCGAUUUAAGUCAAAGGGGUCUAGAUCAAAAAAAUUCACCUAGCAUACAAGUUAAUGAUUGCAAAGAUAAUUCAAAUGACAAGAAAAAACCGCAUAUCAAAAAACCGUUAAAUGCAUUUAUGCUUUAUAUGAAGGAAAUGAGAGCCAAGGUUGUUGCCGAAUGUACGCUUAAAGAAUCAGCAGCUAUCAACCAAAUUCUUGGACGAAGGUGGCACGAACUGACCCGAGAAGAACAAAGUAAAUAUUAUGAAAAAGCGAGACAAGAACGUCAAUUGCACAUGGAGUUAUAUCCCGGGUGGAGUGCACGGGACAACUAUGGUUAUGUUUCGAAAAAGAAGAAACGCAAAAAAGAUCGUUCGCCCGCGGAUCCGGGAGGAAAUAACAUGAAGAAAUGCCGUGCAAGAUUUGGAUUAGACCAACAAAAUCAAUGGUGCAAGCCCUGCAGGCGCAAGAAAAAAUGUAUAAGGUAUAUGGAAGUGGACGGUGAUGAUAACAAUGAUUUAGAUAAUCAUAUGAGCGAUGAUAAUCUGGGUAGCUGUGGUAGUGUUGAUGAUGCAAAAACACCAGAUGACGAUAGUGAAUCAUUAAAUCAGUCAUUAUCAAGCCCAGGAUGUUUGAGUGGAUUGUCUAGUUUGCAAAGUCCAUCGACAAGCUUGGCAAGUCCACUUAAUUUGCUUACUAGUCCAUCAACACCGAAUGCAGUUUCGAAUCCAAAUCCAAAUAAUAAUAAUAAUGGUUGUAAUAAUAGCAGUGGCGUAUCGAACUCGAAUUCAUCAACUGAUCAACAACAACAACAUCAGUCAAGCACUCAGCAGCAGCAGCAGCAACAUCAUCAGCAACAUCACUCUCUAAGUCAUCAAUCUUCUUCUUCUCCCGCUUCACAUCAACAACAACAACAACAGCCGCCUCUGCCAAAGCCGCAUCAUCACCAACAACAUCACAUACCAAUGUUUAUUGAUACUAGCCGCAGUGCGGCAGAUAAUGCGAGCUGCAAUAAUAUACCCUCCGCAUCAGCAGUUCAUCAAAUGUUACAUCAAAACGCAGCGGCGACAGCAACGUCUUCAUCUAGCCCAUCCUUUUCAACUCUUCCAUCAGUUAAAUCGAUUGCAGAUCGCAUGGUUCAAUCGUUAUUGAAUAAUGUCAACAUAGGCAAUCGAUUGGGUCACUUAGCGUCUAUGGGAAUAGGGCCACAGUCUCAGGGAGAUCAAUCAGGCAUGACUCCUCCUCAUAGUCAUCAAACUUUAAAUUCAAAUUCGAGUAUAACCGAUACGAAGCCACCUUCAAUGAUUCCUCAACAACAAACACAACAACAACAACACCAACACCAUCAACAACAUGAUUCGGCCAGUGGCAAUGUUGCAAUUACUUCAACAAUUUCUUCCAACACGAACACAAAUUCAAGCCAAGAAGACGAUAGCAAAAUGAAAUUAGACAGUAAACUUUUGCCCCCUCAGUCUAAUACAAAUAAAAACGUGCAAUCAUCAUUAGCAGCAUCGGGCAUUGGAUCAGGAGGAUCAACGGCGGCAGUUGCAGCAGCAGCGGCCGCCUCCAAUUCCUCUUCGCUAACAUCUUCGCUUUCGUUCUCGUCGUCGUCUUCAUCAUCUUCAUCGUCGUCCUCGUCAUCAUCAUGUCAGGGCGGUAGUAAUGUUACGUCAGCGUCAUCAUCGCCGUCAGAGAUAUUUUUCGAAAAGGCCAUAAGAAAUCCUGUGGGUGCAAAUCCUCGAGAUGUCAACAAUCCGCUCAGUAUUAAUCAAUUAACUAAGCGUGAUUACAAUAUUCAUAAUAAUAAUUCACCGCCAAUGAUUUUGUUGCAGCAACAGCAACAAAAUUCGAUGGGAUUACAUCAACAGCAACAUUCUACCGCUACCCACAUGCAACAACAACAACAACAACAACAACAACAUACUCUAACUGGAAUAUCAAGAAGUUCAGCUUCAUAUGCUAAAUCAUCAUUUAUUACUGGUCAAAAUACAGUAGCUAGUCCAUCGCCAUCCGAUAAUCUAUGUUCAGAUAAAAACCCUCCAACACAAUCUUCUUCUUCUUCUUCACCAACAAUUCCUAUUUCGGGACAAUUAUCUAAGUCUUCUUCUUCUUCAUUUUUAAUGAAAUCAACACAACAACAACAACAACACCAAUAUCAGCUGCACACGACCUCUGGAUCUGCAUCUGGUUCUAGCUCUUUAACAUCAGCCUCGAACCCAAAUGCUUCCAUUACCUCCAGUCAUAAUCAACACAGUCAUCAGCAACAGCAGCAGCAACAGCAACAACAACAACAACAACACCAGCAUUCCCAACAUCACGCAUUCGCUUUAAGUCAACAACUACAACACUUCAGUCAUCAUUUUCCGCUAACUGUUUCUACAGGAACUAAUUCUCUAACAAAUAGUUCAACUUCAGCAAAUAAUAAUGGCACCAACAAUCAUGUUGUAACCACAAAACAAACAAAUAGCAGUAGUGUUGGUGUUGGUGUUGGUGUUGGUACAACAGCCACUACAACACAUCAUCGGACUUCAGAUGGUGGCGAAAGUGGAGCAAUAAGUGUAACAUAACAGUACGCCGUUCUCGCAGAUGCCGCCACCGUCAUCGCUAUCGUCCAUAUAAAUCAACAAAAAGCCAUAAUAAUUGCUGCAGUAUUGGCAGAUCUUAAAUUUAUAGAAUUUAUUAUUCAUAAGCUUCUUCCUCGUCCUUCUCAAGUCAAAAAGUCACACACAAUAAGAUUGAAAUGCAUUUUAAUUAUUUUUGUUUGUUUUUAUAAAAAAAAAUUCAAAUAUCAAGUCGUAGCUUGGAAAUCAAUUCUUUUUAAAAAAAAAAUAUAUACAUAAAAUUACGAUUUCCCGUUUAGCUGUAUGGAGUAAAUUCAUUUGUAAUGGGCGUGACACACAAAAUCUUAGUUUUUACCAUUCUCAUUAGUAUGUACCUAAAUGACUCUAAAUGUGUAGAAAGAUGUUUUAAGCUUGAAAUUAAGAAAUAAUUCCUGCUACAUCUUUCAAAAAUAUAAAAAAAAGCUAUAAGCUAUUUUAUUAAGUGAUUGAAAUAAUUCAUUUUUUGUCACACCAAUUACAACGGGAAUAUACCUUUUAGUUUGAUGAGUAAUUCCAAAUGUAACGGGUGUGACACAAAAAUCUAUGUUUUACAAUUCCCAUUUUUAUAUAAAUCACUUUAAAAAGUAUAAAUCAGCUCAUCACAAUAAAUUUUGAAAAGGAUAUAAUUCGCUUGACAUAUUAAAUUGCGUUAUUGUGAUGAAGCAAGAUAUAAUAAAAUGUAGAGUUAAUCAAUCUCUAAACAUAUGAAAAAAAAAAAACUAUCAGCUAUUUUAUUGAGUGAUUGAAACAAUUAGUUGUUUUUGUCAUGCCCGUUACAAUGGGAAUACACUUUAAUUUGAGUUUGAUGGGAAAAAAUAAAUUUCAAAUUUGUUUUCUAGUCAAAUUUUAAUAAUUGAUUUUUUUUUAACCACACUUACUGUUGGAAACGUUUAAUUUGAAUUAAAAUGUCUAUACAAAAAAAAGAAAAACAUAUUAAAUUUCCAAGAUAAUGUUAUAUAAAAGCCCGAUUGUUUUUGUUUAUUUCACAAAAU